AUGUGGAAAGUUUACAGCGGUGACGUUGACGCGCACGCUGACGGCCAUCUCGGCGAAGUUGGUGGCCCGCUGUUCCUGACGCCGCUCAUCAACGCGGGCUCGCUGGACAAGGCGCGACACCUGAGCCGCGUAGGCCACCUGCUGGGCGACGCCAAGGCCACCGAGCUCUUCCCCAGUUACGCGGGCUUUCUCACCGUCAACAAAGAGCUAUCGAGCAACAUCUUUUUCUGGUUCUUUCCUGCCAAGGAGAAACCUGACGUGGCUCCCGUGAUUCUGUGGCUUCAGGGAGGUCCGGGCGGUUCCUCUAUGUUCGGGCUGUUCCUGGAGCACGGGCCGUACCAAGUUGUCGAGGGUGGCUCCAUUAGGCUGCGAAACACCACGUGGGCGCAACGCUACUCGAUGCUGUACGUGGACAACCCGGUGGGCGCCGGUUUCAGCUUCACUUGGAACGAGAACGGCUACGCCCGGGACCAGCGGCACGUGGCACGGGACCUGCACGAGGCCCUGCAGCAAUUCUUCACGCUUUUUCCUCGGUUCGCCACGAACGAUUUUUACGUCGCGGGCGAGUCGUACGCAGGUAAAUACGUCACAGCUGUCGCGCACCUCAUCGCCGCGACCCUUUACUCGCGAGUGCACAUCAAGCUACGAGGGAUCGCCGUCGGCAAUGCCUGGCUGGACCCGGAGACGAUGCUGGACUACGCGCAGUUCCUGUACCACAUCGGUCUGGUGGACCGGAGGCAGGCGGACCACAUCCAACGGGGAACUGAGAGGGCGAUCGUGCUCGCCAGGCAUGGCCGCUUCGUGGACGCUUUCAGCAUAAUGGACCACCUGCUGGAAGGCUUCGAGGCGGCCACUUCCUACUUCAAGAACGUCAGUGGCAUCGUCACGCCCUACAACUUCCUGCAGGCCGAAGAGCGGACGCGACGUGACAUAGAACUGUACAGGUAUAGUCAGAACCGACAUCAUAUAGUCUGUACCGAGAUACAGCAACUGCAAGCGAUGUAG